GGGGACGGUCUCUUGGCGCGCAGGAGGCUGCGGUGAAACAAGCUCUUCAUUUCGGCUUUCAUGGACGCGCUCUGACGCAGCCGGACUGUUCGUGCGGUCCAGAGCCUGCCUACCGGGACCGUCUCACCGUCCGUACUGCUCUCAACCGGCAUCGACGACAGGCGACAUGGUGGAGGCUCCAUCUUCUCCGACCAUGAAGAGAUGACCGAGCAGGAAGAAGAGGAUCUGACGGUAAAUGAGCGGCCAUCACCAUGCCCCCAGGGAAGUAUGGGAUGCAGGGGGACUGGGAGAGGGAGGGCGAUCAGAAGAUCAUGAUGGACUUCCUGUUGCCGACUGGGAUCUUCCUCAACUUCCCCGUGUCCCCAAGUGACACCAUCAGCAGCAUCAAGCAGCUGGUGUGGGAAAAUGCCAGGAGUGAGGCCUUGUUCAGCGCGCUGGGUCACCCCGACGCUUAUGUCUUCACAUGCAUCAAUGAGACCGCGGACAGGGAGGAACUGGAGGAGGAAUCCAGACGGAUAAGUGAUGUGCAGCCGUUCAUGCGUGUCCUGAGGCUGGUGGCGAGGGAAGGCGACCGCGUGGAGAAACUCACCAACGCACAAAUCAGCCUGUUGAUUGGCAAAGGUCUGCAUGAGUUUGAGGCCCAGAAAAACCACGAGGUGAAUGAGUUCCGUACCAAGAUGCGAGCGUUUUGUGAAAUGAAAGCUCAGGAGCGGCAGAUGUUAUCAUGGCAAAAGUGGAUGGAAUACAGCUUCCCUUGUGAACUGGAGCCGUGCUGUUCUCCGCCAGGUGUUAAGACGAAACACACCAAGAAGAUUUUUAUCAACAUCAAGUUUGAGGCUUGUGAUGAGAGCUUCAUGCUACAGCAGGACCCUCAGGACUUCCCACUGGCUCUGAUUCGGAGUGCGUUGAAGAAGAGGGCCACGGUGUUUCGUUCCGUGAGGCAGGAGCCGGAAGACUACACCUUACAGGUCAACGGCCGGUGGGAGUUCAUCUACGGAAGACACCCACUGUGCCAGUUUAAAUAUGUUCUGUCGUGUGUGCGGAACGGAGUGAACGCUCAUCUGACCAUGGUGCACCGCUCCACCAUCAGCAAGUAUCAGGAGGAGCAGGGGCGAAUGUGCAGUCAGGUGUACAAGAGUCGCUCCUUGACUGGGCCGCCUCCUCUGCCUCUGAAGAAGCAUAACACGUCUUCUCUGUGGUCUAUCAACGAGCCAUACUUCAUCUACCUGCUGCAGGGGAGCCGAGUCAAUGCAGACGAAGGAAUGAAGCUUGUGGUGCAGGCAGGUCUGUUCCAUGGCAGCGAACUUCUCUGCAAAGUCGUGACCAGCCAGGAGGUCACAGUGUCCUCAGAACCGCUGUGGAAUCAGAAACUGGAGUUCGAGAUCAAUGUCGCUGACCUUCCUCGCAUGAGCCGCUUGUGCUUCGCGCUCUAUGCUAUUUUCGAGAAAGCCAAGAAACCCCGUGGCACCAAGAAGAAAAAUAAGAAAGCGGAUUGUCCCAUCGCGUGGGUGAACACCAUGGUGUUUGACUACAAGGACCAGUUGAAAACUGGAGAGUUCCUGCUGUCCACAUGGCCUUCCGUUCCUGAUGACAAGAGCGACCUCUUGAACCCGAUGGGAACUGUGGAGCGGAAUCCCAAUGUGGACAGUGCUGCUGGUCUUCUUAUCCGCUUCCCUGCCAUCAGACCACAUCCUCUCUACUACCCACCCUUGGACAAGUUAACUGCCACAGAGAUUAACGGUGAUGCCACAGUGACUACCAAAGAAGAGAAAUUGAAACUGAAGGAAAUAAUGGACAACAAAAACUACACUGAGUUCUUCGAGGAUGAGAAAGAGCUCUUAUGGAAACAUCGUGCUGAUGUCCGGAACCAUUAUCCUGAGAGUCUGUCCAAACUGCUUCUCAUCACCAAGUGGAACAAGCGAGAAGAUGUGGUGCAGAUGGUUGACUUGCUGCGGAACUGGCCUGAUCUCCCUGCUAUACCUGCUUUGGAACUGCUGGACUACAGUUUUCCAGAGCCAGCUGUCCGUUCAUUCACAGUCCGAUGCCUGAAGAAGCUCAGUGACAAUGAGCUCCUGCAGUAUUUAGUCCAGCUGGUUCAGGUCCUCAAGUAUGAGUCAUACCUCGAUUGUGACCUCACGACCUUCCUACUGGACAGAGCCUUAUCCAACCGCAGGAUCGGCCACUUUAUGUUUUGGCAUCUCAGGUCAGAGAUUCACGUGGCUUCAGUGAGUUUGCGUUUUGGGCUUAUUCUGGAAGCAUACUGUCGAGGAAACGUCCACCACAUCCGAAUACUGACCAAACAGAAUGAGGCACUCGGCAAAAUGAAAUCUCUGAGUGACAUCGUCAAGUCGGGUGCUCAAAAGAUGACAGCUGAGGACUUGAAGCAGUGUAUGAGACAGGAGUCUUACCUGGAAGCUCUGUCCGACCUGGUGUCCCCACUCAACCCCAGCAUCAUCCUGGCGGAGAUCUUCACGGACAAGUGCAGAUUCAUGGACUCCAAGAUGAAGCCACUCUGGCUGAUGUAUAAAAACCCCUGGGCACAUGAGGACAUGAGGGGGAUCAUCUUCAAGAGUGGGGACGAUCUUCGCCAAGACAUGCUGACACUGCAGAUGAUCCAGCUGAUGGAGAAUCUGUGGAAGAAGGAAGGACUGGAUCUUCGGAUGAUCCCGUAUGGCUGCCUGUCCACUGGGAACAAGAUGGGCCUGAUUGAGGUGGUGAAGAACUCCGACACCAUUGCUAACAUCCAGCGCAACAGCAGCAACAGUGCUGCCACAGCUGCCUUUAACAAGGAUGCUCUUCUCAACUGGCUGAAAUCUAAGAACCCUGAGGAUAAACUGGAACAAGCCAUCGAAGAGUUCACGCUGUCGUGUGCUGGCUACUGUGUAGCUACUUAUGUCCUGGGCAUCGGCGAUCGUCACAAUGACAACAUCAUGAUCAGAGAAACUGGGCAGCUGUUCCACAUCGACUUUGGCCACUUCUUAGGCAACUUCAAGCGGAAGCUGGGCAUCAACAGGGAACGCGUGCCUUUCAUUCUGACAUACGACUUUGUCCAUGUGAUUCAGCAGGGAAAGACGAACAACAGUGAGAAGUUUGAGAGAUUUAGGGAGUACUGUGAGCGGGCUUACAAGAUCCUCUGUCGAAAUGGAACACUUUUUGUCAACCUCUUUGCAAUGAUGAAGGCAGCUGGCCUGCCAGAGCUUACCUCCUUUAAAGACAUCCAGUACCUUAAGGAUUCGUUGGCUCUGGGCAAAACUGAAGAAGAAGCACUGAAAAGCUUCAAGGUGAAAUUUAAUGAGGCUCUGCGAGAGAGUUGGAAGACCAAGGUCAACUGGAUGAUGCACUCUUUGGCUAAGGACAACAGGCCCUAAAACCAUGAGCCACAGUGGGAGCCAAUAAAGGCAGACUUGAAAAGGAGAAGAUGACAAUCAAACGCCUUUAUUCAGAGACACUCACUGAUGUUUACAGAUGAAAGAAGAGGAUGAGACUUCCAGUCCUGUGCUGGCUACGAAAAGAACUUGUGCAAAAAUGUCCAGAUGUUGAAUGUCAGUACAAUAACGGCUCCAUGUUUAUUACUCUGUUAUUUGUUUUUACAAGAAAGAGUUAUUUUGACAUUUGUUACUGUUUUGUUGUGUACAUGAAUUGGAAUAUGUUUAUUGAAUAAUACUUGGCCAAAUAAUACUGUGGAUUCUAUGAGCCAUGUUCUUGAUGUACUAUUUCAGAAGGUGCGGUAUAAGUCGAGCCGGUGGAUGUUUAAAUUAUUAACCAGGAUUAGAGAUUAGUAAUAUGUGCCAGUUGUUAUGCCGAAGGAGAUUAAAUUAAUUUUUUGCACUGAUAUUGAUAUGUUUCAUUACUUUCUGGAUAAAGAUGGACGGUGAACAGGUAGCAUUUUAAAUGUCAUUCUGCAAUGCCUUAACAGGACCAUAAGGAAAAACUUAAGCCUUGACAGCGUGUGCUUUGUCGCUGCUUUAUGUCACAUUUGUUGCCUAUUAUUUUGUUGUGUUGCUUCAACGACAAAUUAGGAUGUGAUUUUUUAGAAAACUGCCUCUAGGCUGUAAAAUAUUCUGCUGUUGCCUUUAGGAUUAUCGAUAGUACUGACUGAAACCUGCCAAAUCAAAAUAUUUAAAUAUUGUCAUUCUAGACAUGUGCAUGUCUAAGACAGCAUUAUCAUAAAUUGGUUCAAGUUUGUUGGAUGGGUGUGACUAAAUAAAGAAUCUGACAACAGACUUCAACACAUAACAGAAAGCUGAAGAAUUCUGUGUUUUUGAACAAUUUUGCUUACUUUUUUAUGGUUUAAAAUUACAGCCCUUGAGGAAUCAAGUAAAGAGGUCAGUCACCUGGCCUUGAAAGAAGGUCUAGCUGGGGGAUACCUGCAUUUAAUGAUGUAUAAAUGUAUUGUUUAGGUGGAUAUUAAAAUGCGUU